AGUUCACCCAUGCGAGACCUUGGAUGGACAUAGUUCUGCACAGCAGUAGCCUUGCAAAACACGGCUUGCUGAACGAACCAGUCCCCUGCAUUGAGCACAGAGGGAGAAGGGGAGGGGGGUUCCUGGAAACCGCCUCCUUUUUCGCCUGCGCGCCGCGGGUCUGUGCUUGUGAAUCUCAAACACUCACCGCAUCCAUGUUGGAAAGAGAAUACAGAAACGGCUCCUCUUUUUUCUGUAAUAACUCGAAAAAACUGGGAGUAUAUAAAUUGUACAAUACCGGGACUCGAAUUGAAGCUGUGGAACCAAAAACCGGUCAGAAACUUUUUUUUCCCCUCCCACGGACUGCAAAAUACUAGUAGAUGUACGGGUAGGAACAUUGUGUGGAUUUUUUUUGUAACAUAUAUUAUUUUAUUUUAUUUUAUUUAGUUUUUUGUGAGGUGUGUGUUUUUUUGUUUCGUUUUUUUGUGGAGGUCUGGAAUUUAAUGUUCGUCCAAAAAGGGGCCUGCCGUGCUUCUGUGGUGGUGCUCCGGGUUUGGCUGCUGAUAAUAAUUGACAGGCUGGCUAAAAAAAAAAAAAAACAAAUUGAGAAAAAAUAAGUGAAUAAAAAAGGAAUAUCAUUGAGUUUCCAUGGACAACACGUCCAUCAUUACCCAGGUUGCAAACCCUAAAGAGGAGGAGAUCAUUUCUUCUAGUCAGGAGAAAGUUUCCCAGUCGAACAGCUGCUUAAAGAAGCAGCGCAGUAGAAGCAUCUUCAGCACCUUGCUCUGCUGCUUCCGGAGCUACAAUGCAGAGCCGCCCUCCUGCAACAACAGCAGCAGCAGCAGCAGCAGCUCCCUCCCUGCGCCCGCGGAGGAGAACGGGACGCUUCCCAAGUGUGAGCAGGUGCAGGUCAUUGCAGCCCCCAGUCCUCCAGAGAAAUUCCUCCUCCCUGAAAUCAACACAUCAGAUUAUGGCAGGAAGUGUGUGGUGAUCGACUUGGAUGAAACUUUGGUGCACAGUUCUUUUAAGCCUAUUAGCAAUGCUGAUUUCAUCGUUCCUGUAGAGAUUGAUGGCACAGUCCACCAGGUUUACGUAUUGAAACGACCGCAUGUUGACACGUUUCUGCAGAAGAUGGGGGAACUGUUUGAAUGUGUUCUCUUCACAGCUAGCCUAGCCAAGUAUGCAGACCCAGUGGCAGACCUGCUGGAUCAAUGGGGUGUAUUCAGAGCCAGGCUGUUCAGAGAAUCCUGUGUUUUCCACAGAGGGAACUACGUCAAAGACCUGAGUCGAUUAGGAAGAGAGCUCAGCAAAGUUAUUAUAGUGGACAAUUCACCAGCAUCCUACAUCUUCCAUCCAGAAAAUGCAGUCCCUGUGCAGUCGUGGUUUGAUGACAUCACAGACACAGAGCUGAUGGAUCUGAUCCCUUUCUUUGAAGGACUGAGCAAAGAGGAGGACGUGUACAGUGUGCUUCAGAACCUCCGAAGCAGGUAGCGCCGUCUGAGACCCUGCCACUGCCUCGAGGGCUCCAGAACCAGCGACGCCAACCCAACGUAGCCCAGCCCCCUCCUCCUUGAAGGCUCCAGAACCACCGACCACUCCCCCCACCCCCCCCGAACCCAGCACCCUCCUCCACUCGCCUCAAGGAUUCCACAACCACCGACACCAGCUCGGCCCCCUCCGAGCCCAGCCCCCUACUCCACCGACCCCCUGCCCAACUCCUCCUCCACCGGCCCAGCCCUCUCCUCCACCAGCCCGGCCCAGCCCCCUCCUCCACCUCCACCCCCCCCCCCCCAGCCCAGCCCCCUCCUCCACCAACCCCCAGCCCCCUUCUGCACCAGCCCCGCCCCCUCCUCCUCCGACGCCCAGCCCAGCCCCCUUCUCCACCCCCCAGUAGGACUCCAGAACCACGAGGGCCUUGUCGUAUCCAGCACAGCGCUCAAGAGGGCUGCUUUUGGUUUAUGUCGCAGAGAAGCAGCUCUGUUGCAGAUCUUCCUGUUCAACCUGAGAUGACUGCAUUGUGUGCUCAGUUCUAAAAGGGAGACACACAUCCUGAAGUCGUAAUGGACACAAUGAAUACGGACAACAGAUUUUACAAUACUUAUAAUAACUUCUUUAUAUUUACCAAAAAAAGAAGAAAAGGGGAAAAAAUAGUGUUUUGGGUAGUUCUCUGACAAUUUCAUUUUGAUUUUUGUUGGCCUCUUUUCUUGCUGUGCAGGCAGUUUCUACUUGAUCUAUAGUUGUUUACCUGACCCUUUUUCUUUCUUUUUCUCUUACUGAAUGAAGUGCCUUUUUCAAAUGUUGAUUUUAAUGGGGGAAAAAGUUACGUUUUGUACACAGCAUAUUUCCAGAGGACUUGUCUUUUAAUGACUGUAUGCUUUAAAAGAAAUUAUAAUGGAUCUUUUAUAAAGCAAUGUUAUUUAUGCAAAAGGUUUUUUGUUUUUAACUGCGGACGCUGGGUUUAUGUCGCCACACAAUCUUGUGAAUGGUUUUUCUUUUAAACUGGCUUCAAGUUCACACCGUUCUGUGGAGCUGCUUUUAUUUCUUUUGCAGUUUAUUAUCUGUAGAGCUGUGUUAGUGUCACUAUAGCCUUCAAGGACUUUGAAAGACAAGAAUGCAUUUGCAAUUGCUGUUACUCCUUUUCAUUAACGUUAUUUUAACAGAAAACACUUUGAUUAAAAAAUCCCUGAAUCCAGGACAGGAUUGGGAAUGAAUUAGGGUGCCAAUGGUUUUGUUUUUAAAUUGGUGCCAUUUUACAGGAAAGCACCCAGUGAGUGUAAAGUGCCACAACGUCCAACUGAGUGUGACAAGCCUGUGAGGCACUCUGUCAAGGUGCUGGAGCACACACCCAUAGCCUUAUAUAGAGAUUAUAGGAGCGUCAUUAGAAAUACACAGAGCACACUCCCAUAUCCUUGUAUAGAGAUUAUAGGAGCGUCAUUAGAAAUACACAGAGCACACUCCCAUAUCCUUGUAUAGAGAUUAUAGGAGCGUCAUUAGAAAUACACAGAGCGCACACCCAUAGCCUUGUAUAGAGAUUAUAGGAGCGUCAUUAGAAAUACACAGAGCACACUCCCAUAUCCUUGUAUAGAGAUUAUAGGAGCGUCAUUAGAAAUACACAGAGCACACUCCCAUAUCCUUGUAUAGAGAUUAUAGGAGCGUCAUUAGAAAUACACAGAGCGCACACCCAUAGCCUUGUAUAGAGAUUAUAGGAGCGUCAUUAGAAAUACACAGAGCACACUCCCAUAUCCUUGUAUAGAGAUUAUAGGAGCGUCAUUAGAAAUACACAGAGCACACUCCCAUAUCCUUGUAUAGAGAUUAUAGGAGCGUCAUUAGAAAUACAGAGAGCACACUCCCAUAUCCUUUUAUAGAGAUUAUAGAAGCGUCAUUAGAAAUACAGAGAGCGCACACCCAUAGCCUUGUAUAGAGAUUAUAGAAGCGUCAUUAGAAAUACAGAGAGCGCACACCCAUAGCCUUGUAUAGAGAUUAUAGAAGCGUCAUUAGAAAUACACAGAGCGCACACCCAUAUCCUUGUAUAGAGAUUAUAGGAGCGUCAUUAGAAAUACACAGAGCACACUCCCAUAUCCUUUUAUAGAGAUUAUAGAAGCGUCAUUAGAAAUACAGAGAGCGCACACCCAUAGCCUUGUAUAGAGAUUAUAGAAGCGUCAUUAGAAAUACACAGAGCGCACACCCAUAUCCUUGUAUAGAGAUUAUAGGAGCGUCAUUAGAAAUACACAGAGCACACUCCCAUAUCCUUGUAUAGAGAUUAUAGGAGCGUCAUUAGAAAUACAGAGAGCACACUCCCAUAUCCUUUUAUAGAGAUUAUAGAAGCGUCAUUAGAAAUACAGAGAGCGCACACCCAUAGCCUUGUAUAGAGAUUAUAGGAGCGUCAUUAGAAAUCCAGCAGCAAAUAGCAAAUGCCCUUGUAUUUCUUGGAGAUUUCUCCAGAAGCAUUUCUAAGGCUGGUAAAUAGUGAGGAUUGCUUUGCAUAAGCAAGGGUCCACUAUGGCACACAGAUUAUGUUUUGUUCUGCUGUUGCUCAGCAGGCUAUGAUGUUUGUUUGUUUGUUUUUUCUUUGCAAAGAGAUGAUGUGAAAGUGUGCCUCCUAGAGUUUCUAAGCGUUGGUACACAAUUGCAAAUGGAUCCUUUCAUUAUUUAAAAUGAGCCUCUUUUUUUUCUUGUGCAUUCGUUCAUUUAAUCUUAAAUUUUUUGGAGAUUCAUAAAGAAGCCAUCUUGGGGCAAGCUGGUGUAGCUUUGUAUUUUUGUUCAUGCUGCUGUGAGCGUACAGUCACCAAGUGGAGUCGACCAGCGGCUAAUGAAACUGUUCCUCACCACUGUGCCUACGCCUGGACAUACAUCACCACUGUAUGCAAUAAAGUCGGAAGACAGACUGCUUGAUGAGGCGCUCCUGGUUCCUGCCCACUUCAGCUUUUCUUUUAUUUUUUUUAUAAAGGUUUUAUACCCAUGUUGUCAGAUACUGUAGGUAUAUCUUCUGCAGUGUGCACAGUAAAGCUCUCUUUACAGCAGACAGUGUUACAAACCUUCAGUAUAAAAACAAUAAACAGUGUAUAUUUAUAUGAUAAGAUAUUUGGAGGUAAGUCUAUUUUGCAGAUAUUUUCCAAUGUAUUGCUGUGAAUCCAGUAGGAUCCAGAUGCGAUGGUGGUAUUGUCAGUUCUUCAGUAACUUUGUUUGAUUUACAUGCGCACGCUCAUACUAUGUGCAAGCCGUGUGCUUUAUCUUGGUUCAUUAUCAUGUUCCGUAUGCACUCAGCCCAGUUUCUCCAGAACAACUCCUAUUUCUCACAUCAUAUACUAACUGCAGCAUUCAUAAUGACACGCAGUACCAUUUUAACAACUUUAAAUAUUUUUUUAAUUGUAUUGUUUAUUCUGUUUUGGGUAUAAAAUGACUAGCGCUGGUACUUUUUAUUGUGGAAUGGCUUGGAACAAGCUGCAGUAUGGUGUGUGCUGGAGAUUCCCUGCCUAGACAACGUGGCUUAUUUGAUGACCCAGGAAAUGGGAAUAAAAAUAUCUGCAAAGUUUUGCAUUUCAAAAUGAGUGUGCAACAGGAGGCCAUCACAGUAAGUCGUGAGAAUGUUUGUAGAAGUUGAGGAGUUUUUGCAGUUUGUAAACCCUUCACAUGAUUGAUAGCCAUUGUAGAUUGUAAUGGGGUUUUCAGGAACUCCUUUACACGUCUAUAGUGUGUCAUUGGAAACCACUGCAUUAGCAGAUUUGGGAAAGGACUUCACUUUGUGAACGUUAACGAGAAGGCACUUUGCUUUGUGUAAUACCCACAACAGAGAUUUAUUUGUAUUCUAUUUUAUUUUGUAUUUGCAUGUGUGAAUGUAGCAGUCGAGCACUUGACUAAGGGAAGUGUAGUUGUAUUAUUAUUAUUCCGUGUUUGGAUCCGCUGCUGCAGAGUGCAGGGUUUUAACUGUAGAAGAGCUUUACUGGGCCUCAUGUUUUCAGUGAUGUGUUACGCAGUUUUGUGUUCUAUAUCCUUCAGACAAUGACAUGUCAUAUUAAAGCACCUUUUUAAAAACACAA